CGUCGCUGAACAGAUCUGGGUGCAGACAUACCUUUUCACCUUCACUUGCUGCUCGUGCUGCGCGGGAUAAGGAACGCGAGCUGCACGCAGCAGCAGCAUAUUCAACGAUGGCCAACCAAACACCCGCCGUUGUCAUGGACAACGGCACCGGGUUUUCCAAGCUAGGUUUCGCCGGUAACGAUUCUCCCUCCUUCGUCUUCCCGACCGCGAUUGCGACCAAGGGGCCUGCCGCCGGCAGCGGUGGUUCAGGUUCUGGCCGCCCUGCCGUGGCGAAUAAGCCGUCUUUCCUUACGGGCGGGGCUGGUCCGACUGGGCAUUUGUCAACCAAGCGCGGGACUGAGGACCUCGACUUCUUCAUCGGCGAUGAGGCGAUCAACGCGGCGUCCGGGCCUGGUUACGGGCUACACUAUCCAAUUAGGCAUGGGCAGAUCGAGAACUGGGAUCACAUGGAGAGGUUCUGGUCCAACUCCAUCUUCAAAUAUCUACGGGUGGAGCCCGAGGAUCACUACUUCCUCCUCACUGAGCCGCCCCUGAACCCUCCGGAAAAUCGAGAAAACACGGCAGAGAUCUUCUUCGAGUCCUUCAACUGCGCCGGUCUCUACAUUGCUGUUCAGGCCGUACUGGCGCUGGCGGCGUCCUGGACCUCGUCAAAGGUCACAGACAGGUCCUUAACGGGCACUGUCAUCGACUCUGGCGACGGUGUCACCCAUGUUAUCCCUGUCGCAGAGGGCUACGUCAUUGGAUCAUCCAUCAAGUCGAUCCCAAUCGCCGGUCGAGAUAUUACCUACUUUGUCCAGUCGCUUCUCAGAGACCGCGGUGAGCCCGACUCGUCGCUCAAGACGGCGCAGGAGAUCAAGGAGGAGUACUGCUAUGUCUGCCCGGACAUUGUCAAGGAGUUUGCUCGGUUCGACCGCGACCGCAGCCGGUUCAUGAAGCACGUCGUCACGCAGCCCGGCGGCCGCCAGGUGACCGUCGAUGUCGGCUACGAGCGCUUCCUGGCACCCGAGAUCUUUUUCAACCCCGAGAUCUACUCGUCCGACUUCCUAACCCCGCUGCCUGUCGUCGUCGAUGGCGUGAUCCAGUCGUCACCCAUCGACGUGCGCCGCGGCUUGUACAAGAAUAUUGUCCUGUCUGGCGGCAGCACCCUCUACAAGGACUUUGGCCGCAGGUUACAGCGCGAUAUCAAGCAGCUCGUGGACGACAGAAUCCGGGCGAGCGAGGUGCGUAGCGGCGGAGCCAAGAGCGGUGGACUAGAGGUGCAGGUCAUCACACAUAAGAGGCAGCGGCACGGCCCGUGGUUUGGAGGGAGCUUGCUUGGUCAGACGCCCGAGUUCCGGUCGUACUGUCACACCAAGGCAGAGUAUCAAGAGUAUGGCCCAGGUAUUGUACGGAGAUUCGCUCUCCUGGGAGGGCCCGGCGGAUCCUGAGACGGUCAAUGAUCUUCCAUUGUAGAAAGCGAGCAAUGAUUCAUGGUGGAGGUGGCAGUUUCUGUGGGGCGGCGCCAAAAACAGAUA